AGAAACGUUAGCUAAUGACAUUUAUGUUUGUGGAACUAAUUUUCCUAUCAAGCAGGGCGGAUUUUUAUGAGUGUGAAAGUACAGGCCGGGACAUGAGAGACAGAAGACAAGUACUAAUCUGUCUUUUUCUAAUGCUGUACUAUUCAAGUUGAAAAUAAAAUUAUUACGUACCGCAAGUUGUUCACUUAACCUUUUUAACGCUGUCACUCGUGUCUUCUGAUGUGUUGUGAUCUUUAUCUGGCGCCGUUUCAAACUGCAAAAUAUUUUUCAAUGUUAUUCUAUUCAAUAUUAGUGUUAAACUGAUUUAUUUGAGACGAAUAAUGAUAUUUUGUUACGUUUUAGAUUUCUGUUGUAAUUUUUAUUGUUUUUGUUCCAAAUAAGAGCUUUAAAAUGUUUUAAUCAAAUUUGAGGACUUAGUCACAAUGGUACGAACAUGCAUUGUACCUGGCUGCAAGUCAAGUGCUGAAAUACUGUGCCACCGCUUUCCAAAACUUCCUGCACUAUCAGAACUAUGGACAAAAGCAAUAAAAUUACAGGAAUUGUAUAAUAUGCCUAGCAUGGAAAGGACAAAAUAUCGCGUGUGCCACAAUCACUUUCCAGAAGAUGCAUAUGUAUGUUACACACAAAGAAGAAUACUUAAGAAAGAUGUAGUACCUAGCUUAAAUCUUCCAAGUGAACAAAUAAUAGAGGGGCAAAAUGUAAAAAUUGAAAUUGAUGUGCAAUCACCGAUAACAAAUGAAAUUGAUAUGCAGCUGUCAACGGAUAAUUUGGAAUAUAUCCCAGAUAUACCAUUAGAGCAAGAUGAAAAACAUAUAGAACAGAUGCUGAAUCAAGCAGAAGGAAUGCCUACUCGAUAUUACGCAGAUGACAUAUCGUUAAAUUUACAAGAAACACAAGAUGACCAUGUGUACUUUGUAUAUGAUGCCAAUGAUAUAGAACAAGUACAAAACAUUGAAUUUGCAGAUGAUAUAUGGAUUAGUUCAGAAACUGAAUGUGAAACCUUACCAAUUUUAUUGGAAAACAAAAUAGAAGCAGAAGAAAACACGAAUUAUUAUUGUAUUAAGAAGGAUCAAUUAAAAUUCCAACUAAAACAUAUGUACCAAUCUGAUUUUAUAAACCAAUAUGAUCUAAUUAAUACACAGAAGGUAUUGUCCAACAUGCCACGCUCAAAAGUAUGGCAACAAAAUUCACAGGAAGUUUUAUUAAAACCUGGAAUAUGCAAAAUUAUUAGACAGCAUCUGCGUAAUAAAGCAUAUACAAUGAAUUGGCGAGAGAAAUAUUGUAUAUUGAUAUGGGAUAAUACAGUUUUGGCGCCACAUAUCAAAUAUGACAGUUUAAAUGAUAUUAUUAUAGGUUUUGAGGAUUUAGGAAACAGGAGAAGUAAUAAAUUUGCGAAUUGUGCACUAAUAUUUAUGUUGCAUGGUUUAAAAAGUGAUUGGAGAUUGCCUAUUUGGUUUGGCUAUUAUGAGAAUAGAAUAAAAACAUCCCAAUUAGUUAAAUGCAUUAAAGAUAUUGUGAAAAUGGUAACCAGAGGUGGAUUUAGAAUUGUAGCCACAGUUUGUAAACAAAGCCCAGCUAAUGUAGCAGCAAUAAAUUUUUUACUUCGAGAUACACAAAGACGAAAAUGCCUGGUUAAUAAGCAUAGGAACAUUAUUGAAUUGUAUGGAACAAAAAUUUUGCCAUUUUUUGAUCCUUCCAGUCUUAUUAAAGCUGUAAGGAAUAAUUUAUUGAUCAAAGAUCUUGAGAUAAAUAUUUCAAAAAAUGUUUACCACGAAAAGCAAAGUUCAUAUGCAACAUGGAAAUGCUUAGAAUUGGUGUAUAUCAUAGAUACUCGCAAGAAUGCAUCAAAACGUGUGUUGCCACAGAUAACAGACAAACAUAUAAUUUUUGAUAAAAUAAACAAAACGGAAGUGAAGUACGCAACACAGAUUUUUGCCAAAAAUGUUUCCGCAUAUAUGCAGCUGUUGUCAGACAUUAUAGGGUACAUUGAGACUGAAAUAGGAUAUUUAGAAAUACCGAUAGAAGGAAGUACAGCAACAGCAAAAGUACUUGACUUUUUUAGUAAUCUUUUUGAUUCCAUAAAUGGAUACAGUGAAGAUUCAGAUGUUCCUUUGCUAAGAAGCAUAACUUAUAAUAGUGCUCAUCAUGAAUUCUGGUCAUCUGCUGUUACUAAGCUAAGAAAUAUGAGAUAUGUGGAGCCAUUAUCAAAAGAGCCAGUUAAAAAGUCUUUAUGUUUGAAAAAUUGGAUUCAAACAAUACGUAAUUUUCAAAUUCUUUGGAAAAUGUUAAGAAAACACGGGUUUGAACAAUUAAGAGCACGUCAUUUCCACUUAAGACCUUUGGGAAAAUUUUUUGAAUGCAUCAAAGAAAAGAAAUACAGAAAUCCUACAUGCACAGAAAUUUGUGCAGCAUAUAAAAAAUUAUUAAGAAAUAGUUUUUUUUGGUCAAAUAGUUUUGACGAAGAUAAAAUAAAAAAGAAUAUAUCGUUAAAAGUUGCAUUUAAACAUUGCAGCUUAUGUCAACUUACAGUGUCGAAGUAUGGUGCGUUUAAAAGAGAAAUUUAUCGAAAAAUGCGAAAAGUUGUAAACCAAUACAUCAAUAUCAUGCAUUACCAAUUUAAUAUUAAAGAGAAAAUUAAAACUGUGCUUGAACAAAAAUUUGAUUUUAAUUUCAUAUAUUGUGCAGAACAUUACAAAGCCCAAAAAACAUUGAUAAUAGAUUUUGUGAUAAUUACAUGUCUAAAUAGAUGGUGUAAGACAGUAAGCAAUAUGCUUAAUGGGAAGGACACUACAAAAAAUGAGAUUCCAAUUAUGAAACAGGCACAACAAAUAUAUAGACAGACACUAAAGAGAAAGAAGAAUAAAUAAUGUGUAUAUAUAUCGCAAAUGACAUAUAUCAUAUUGAUAUGUAAUUGAAUUUA